GCCCCCUCCCCUCUCGCCCUCCCUCUUUUCUCCGUCCUCGCCAUCCCCGGAUUUGGUUUCCCAUCCCCAUUCGUCGGAGUCUCCGCCCCCAACCAUGUCAUAUCAGCGUCACCCCCCUCCUGGCCACGGCGGCUACCCUGCGAUGUCUCCCCAGGAAGCGCAGCUUCUGAAUUUCUUCCGCGCCGUAGACACUGACCGUUCAGGGACAAUCAACGCGGAGGAGCUUCAGCGCUGCCUCACCAAUGGCGGAUGGGCUAAUCGGCCCUUUGCCAUGUCCACGAUCAACCUCUUGAUCAACCUCUUUGAUGUUGACAACAAUGGCACCAUCGAUUUUCAAAAGUUUAAGGGCAUCUGGUCUUACAUCGGCCAGUGGGUAAAUGUUUUCCGCCAGUUUGAUCGCGACCAGUCUGGCUCGAUCGACAUCCACGAACUUCGCACUGCCUUGCGUCAGUUUGGCUAUGCUCUCAGUGAUCAGAUGGUUAGCAUUCUCCUCCGGAAGUACUCAGUACCCGACCAGACCGGCAUUGCCUUCGAUCACUUUAUCGAGCUCUGUGCGACCCUCCAGAGCCUUACCAAUGCCUUCCGCCGCUACGACAUCAACCAGAAUGGCUGGGCCACAAUGCAGUAUGAGCAGUUUCUCGGGGCAGUUUUCUCCAUCCGGUGAUGUCGCCACGUAACCGCCGCGCUGGGCGCUGCUUUCCGAUGCCCACGCCAGUUUCCUUGUGGGCUCUCCCCCUUUGCCUCUCUUCCCAACUCUCCCUCUCCCCCCAUUCAAAAGAUAUAGCAUUACCUAGCUCCCCCCCCACCCCCCACCCCCC